UGAAGAUCUUUACUCUAGUCAAUUUUUUGCACCUUCUGCAAGCUGAGGAUCCAUCAUCUGCUGAUUUUCCUUCUGUUUUACUCUAUUAACUACAGUUUAAAUUAAUUUGUUAACUGUCCUGUUUUUCCAAUUAGAAAAUAUCCGAUUGUUUUGAAAAGGGCAAGAAGAGCUGGUCUUUUGCCAAGUUCGCCACUUCCUAGGGAUGAAGAGAUUGCAAAUGGCAUAUUGGAUGAACUUCAAGUGUACAGAACUAGUGAUGAGUUUGUGAAGCGCUUCGACUCAUGUCAGAUUCAGAAGCAGGCCCCUAUGUACAGUAUUAUAGGUGGCUCAAUUUGGCCCAUUGUUGCCAUAUCUAAGCAUGGCUUGGUGUUUGCUUGCCUUCCAUUUGUAAACAUUCCAAAUGCACAGAAAAGACAGCUGAGUUGCAUAGAAAUGGGCCCUGUAGCCAUUGGAUAUUCACUGCUUCAAAACAUUUCAGAUGUUGUUGGUCAAAAACAACCACCAUCUGGGAUAACUGAUGAUAAAAUUCAAGAACUGAGAGAUUAUUUGUUCAUAUGUAUGCCAUUUGGGACACCUACAGAAAUGGACCCAUCGACUGUUCGUGGUAUCAUAGCCUCAAAGGAUUCAUAUCUCUUGCCAAAAACAAAGGCUCCAGCCUGGAGACCAGUAUUUCAUAAAGGAAAACAGCAGAUCAGCAUUUCAAUUCAAGAAAAAGUUAGAUGUAUCCAGUAUGACAAUCCUGAACGGGCAGACUUAUGCGAAAUAUAUGGCACUGUUGUCUGCAAGGCCGAUCUAGAGGGUGCUCCGGAAGUUUCCUUGGACGUAGUCAGCACAUUAGAUCCUACAAUCUUAGAGAACAUUGUCUUCCACCCUUGCACCCAGUUAUCCGACACAGUUACACCAGUAAUGACAGUUGAUGACAAACGAAUAAUGGAUGAGUAUAGAGUGAAGACGAUACGAUUUUGUCCACCGCUUGAAACCUUUCGGCUUUUUCAUUACAAAUCUUCUUUGAAUGCUCCACCUGUCAUGGCCUACUACAAAAUGACGGAUGAUGAGCACUGUGCCAAAAUCUCAAUUCAGCUGAAAUUGUGGAAGAAUGUUAAGAAUAGCUUUGAACAUCUUAAAGUGAUAGUUCCCUUUUUUAAUAGGAAACAAAUACAGCGAAUCGAUUACUCCCCAAUGACUUCAAAUUGUGUCAUCCUUGACAAAAACACUGUUUGCUGGAAUGUAGGAUCAAAAUUGCCAAGUAAGACACUACAGGCGUCCCUCGAAGGUACGGUCCAUUUUGAUAGAUCUGACAAACCAGUCGUGCAUCCUGAUAAAUUUUGUGUUGGCCUCAACAGCUACAUCAAGAUAUCUUUCAAGAUUGCAGACUACACCUACAGUGGUAUAAAAAUUGACAACAGAUCAGUCUCAAUCUACCCGAAUUCCAAAGUGAAGACAAGCACAGCUGCUGAAUUCGCUUGUCAGGAAUGCAAAGUUUGGAACUCGCUUUGUGAUCCAAUUUGUUGACUGUCCUUCCUGAUCAAUCUGUGAUGAAGUGUUUGAUAAAUUUUUACGGUUUGUGGUUUAAAUUUUUAAUGCUCAAAAAUCUAAAUUCAAAAAUUUAAAUUUAAGUCAUUGGUCAAUUUUUCUAGAUUUUGUAAUUUAAAUAGAAAGUGGGUUUUCGAUACGAUAUUUGUUAAAUCGAAGCAGUAAAAAUUAUAUUUGAAUUAUUUGUGUAGACUAAGGUAACAAAUUCAUUGCAUUUAGUACUGCUUUUGGCUAAGCAUUUUCAAAACUUGGAACCAUCAUUUCAAUCUUUUUUAUACGAGUCCCUUUUAAAUUUUGAUGAUUCUUAGUAGCUUUAGAGCAUAUUUUUGUCAGAAAAAGUGUUAAUAUAAAAAGUAUGAAAAGAGGUGGAAGACGUUAGUCCCAGAUGUUGGGUUUUUACAAUGGAUUCUUCCAAUCUGCCCAUAACUUAAAGUUCUAUCCCUUAUUCUGACGUUCCUCUGUAUUUACUUUGAUUUGGCGAAAGGAUGUUGAUUUUCCUUCGAUUUUUACUUCACCAUUGGAUCUGUCUUUCAAAGCCCUUAACUGGCCAGUCAAUGCUUAAAGAGAAUCAACGGACACGA